UAAACAAAACGAUUCAAGAUUUUUACACGGAGAUUUUUCUCAUUUUGCUUAAUCUUUUCUUAAUUUGAAAUUUGUUGUCUUGCAGCUUUCGGAAAUAUGUUACUGUGUGCUGUACAUCACGCCAAGUAUGUAAACUAAGGAAAUUGCAGUGAGAUCAAUUGAUAUUGAGCGUAAUCGAACCUAUUCUCGAAUCGACGAAAAUACGACAUCAUUCCCGUCGCAAUGACCUGCUGUGUCCAACAGUGCCCUGGAGGGUCAAACUUCGUCAGCUUCCCGAAACUGGACCGAUUCCGACAGCGCUGGCAAGAAGCAAUCAAAAUUGGAAGCGGAACAACGAUAGUUUUGCCACCCGGCAAAAACGCCCCAUUUGAGCAGCAAAUCUGCACCUCACAUUUCCCCAAUCCAGAUGAAUUGGUUUACCAGGAGCCAACUCGGUUUAUUGAUAGAACGGGUCAGAUCCGAGAAGUCGAAAGCUGCCGGCUUUGUUUACGCUUUCAACCGAAACCAGCAAUGCUUGCCAUAGACGAGCAGCUUGCCGGUCAUAACAUAGGCAGCCUAAUUGCGACAGCGUUGAAGAUACGUUUGAAACCGUACGAUUUUCUGCAGCAUAUUUGCCACGAGUGUCUAGUGAAAAUAGAUUUGGUCCGGGCGGUGCAGAGUCAAUACGUACUCCGGGAUGUUCAGUAUCGGACACUGGAGCUGAUGAAGAUUCCGUUCAUACCAGUCAAGAGUGUUCUGCCGGAUACAAGGCAUGAUGUUUCAUUGGAUAUUAAACCUGUUGUUUCGCCGGAAACGAUGGAGGUUGAAACUUCGGAUCAGAGUAUAAAAUUGGAGCCAGAAGUGACCAUAGAAGAAAGCAAUCUGGUAGAACAACUCAAACCGAAAAAGCCUAAAAGAACAAUGGAUAAACCAAGGAAAAAGUAUAAAAAACGUGGGCAAAACCCCGUGAAAAUUAUUCCGAAAGAAGAUCGUCUGAGAUCGAUUAACGCCAGAACCUGCUACAUUUGCAGCACCAAGGUUCUGUUUGAUAGCACCGAUGAGCUUCACAAACAUCUAACGGAAGUGCAUGCCGGACAAAUCGACUAUGUAUGUGUCCAUUGCGACGGCAAACGAUUUGCGGUUGUGUCCGGUUAUAAUAACCAUCUGUGUCUGCACGAUGUUUCCGAACGCCCGUUAAAGUGUAACUUUUGUGCUUUACGAUACUCGACCAAGAAAGGUCUUCAAGUACACGAGAACAAACUACACGGGGCGAACCAUCAACUGCCGAAGCUAUGCAUUUCCAAAAGGAUGAAACCACAGUGCGAACACUGUGGCAAAUUUUUCCCAUCGAUUAUGCGAGCACGGGAGCAUAAAUUGGUUGUGCACGAGAAUGGAGUCGUGGCUGAGUGUAAAAUUUGUUUGAAAACGUUCGUUACAACGGCGAAUCUUCGACGGCACAUGUUGGUCCAUAGUAAGGAGCGACCGUACGCGUGUAACAUUUGUGGUAUUCGUUUUCGUGUCAGCACUUAUUUGACUAAACACAUUCUGGCAGAUCAUCAGGGUAAAUCGGCCUAUCAUUGUAAAGUUUGUGACAUUCCCUUUCGGAAUCAAAGCGAAUACUACCGGCACCGGAACAAGCUUCAUCUGAAACCGAACGUUCGGCUGUACAGAUGUCGUCUCUGUUCGGAGGUGCCCGUGACCUCAAAGGAUCUCGAAGCCCACAUCGAAGUGUGUCAUCCGGGCGGAGAUUAUCCGUACAAACGGUGUACGCAGUGCGAUGAAAAAUUUGUGACCAACAUGAAGCUAGGCGUACAUUUGCGUGCAAAGCAUGAUUUUGGAAGCAAACAGCAGCCGUUCGUUUGUGACGUCUGCGGAAAGGAAUACAGUCAAAAACAUAGCCUUCGGGUGCAUUUGGCUAAUGCGCACAGUGGUGAGAAGUCGUUCUGUUGCGACGUGUGCGAUAAACGGUUCGUCUUUCAGAGCAACCUUACCCGGCACCAGCAGAUGCACAAGCUGGUUAAACGAUUCUCCUGUGACUUUUGUGGGAAAACGUUCGGUCAGAAGACGGCCAUGAUGAAUCACCGGCGGAACAUUCACACCGGCGAGAAGGCAUUCGUCUGUCCGGUGUGUGGGGCAGGAUUUAAGGAGAGUUCAACUUUCUAUCGGCAUAAGGCUGCUUGUAAGAUGUAAUACGGUGAACUAUAUGUAAUCAAGAACAUGGUGUUAAA